CUUUCACACUUCUGCUUUGGUUUGGUCGGGAGAGAUGGGAACUUGUGUUUCUAAACAGGAAGGAUGUGCGAGAAUACCAAAGAAGCCUUUCAAGCGAAGAAGAAGAACGAAGGCGAGGCGAGUCUCGUCUCGGAUGUCCAACAGUUCUUUUGAUAAAGUCUCUAAAUCCGCCGCUCCUCCCGAUCGUGCUUUCAGUAAUCCUACUUUUCAAUCCGGAAGCACUGAGGAGGCGUGGUUUGACUCUGUUGCAAUAUUUGAGUCCGACUGUGAUGACGAUUUCCAAAGUGUUGCUGAUGAUGCUUUGUCAUUAAAUGGCUCUGAGAGUGCAUCUGUCUCAAGAAUUUCAUCUCUGAGAGAUACUGCUCAUGACUGUAAUGGCAAUCAUCCAAGCAUUCUGUCAACUGAUCGGAAACAUAAGCCAGGGGAACCGUUAAAUGGAAAUUCAGCAUGCCAUUCUGUGAGUGAAGUUGCUAAAAAUGCAAGUACUCGGGUCAUGCAUUCUGAUGAUGCUGACUCCCAAGCCAAACCUCAUGGCCCUUUAAGUGGAGGAAAGUCUUCUAUCUCCCUUGACGAAGUCUCUAGCCUCUCUGUGGAUGAAAGUUCUGGCAGAGAGGGAGGAAUAAUGGACAAUUGUGGAAUUCUUCCAAACACCUGCUUGCCUUGUCUCGCUUCCACUGUCCCCUCUAUUGAAAAGAGAAGGUCCUUGAGCCCUGGUCCCCCAAGUGCAAGGAAAAAGUCUGCUUCAAAACUUUCCUUCAAAUUGAAGGAAGGACAUCCCAAUCCUGAAAUAUUAUCCUCAAAGAUGCUUCUGCAAAGACCUAUAGCAGGUUCCCAAGUUCCAUUCUGCCCAGUAGAGAAGCAAAUGUUUGAUUGUUGGUCAUAUGUUGACCCUGGUACCUUCAAAGUCCGGGGAGAGAAUUAUUUAAGGGACAAAAAGAAGGAAUUCGCUCCAAAUUAUGCGGCUUAUUCUCCGUUGGGUGUUGAUGUAUUCUUGUCACCGAGGAAAAUUGAUCAUAUCGCUCGGUUUGUGGAGCUCCCUCCUAUAAAUUAUUCAUCUGGCAAAUUACCACCAAUUCUUGUUGUAAAUAUUCAGAUUCCAUUAUAUCCUACCACAAUUUUUCAAAGUGAGACAGAUGGCGAAGGGAUGAGUUUUGUAUUGUACUUUCGGCUUUCUAAUAGUUAUGCUAAAGAACUUCCUCCUCACUUCCAAGAAAAUAUCAGAAGGAUAAUUGAUGAUGAAGUAGAAAAAGUCAAAGGUUUCCCUGUAGAUACCAUAGUUCCCUUCCGGGAAAGGUUAAAGAUCUUGGGUCGUGUAGUAAAUGUGGAUGAUCUUCAUUUAAGUGCAGCUGAGAGGAAGCUUAUGCAUGCUUACAAUGAAAAACCUGUUCUUUCACGUCCUCAGCAUGAAUUUUACUUGGGUGAAAACUACUUCGAGAUUGAUUUGGAUAUGCACAGAUUCAGUUAUAUCUCUAGGAAAGGUUUUGAAGCAUUCCAAGACAGACUGAAGCUCUGCGUAUUGGAUUUUGGCCUGACAAUUCAGGGCAACAAGGCUGAAGACUUGCCAGAGCAGAUCUUGUGUUGUGUUAGGUUGAAUGGGAUUGACUACCCAAAUUAUCAUCAAUUGGGGUUGGGUCAAGAACCCCUUUCGCCACAAUAACAGCCAAGAAUUUGUAUUUAUUACUAUAGAAGCGAUGGGUUGAAGUUCAACCAAUGGAACCAGCAUCAAACAUUGGGGAAGUUGCAGAGAGAGAAUAGUUGAGCUUGAGAGUUACUCAUGGUGACUACGGUGAUCUAGUCGUGACAUCUUUGCUUUCUUCUCGUCCAUAUAGACAUUGUUGAAGCAAUUAAAAAAAAAUCAGAAAAUGGAAAAAA